AUGCCUAACCAUCGGGGACCGCACAAUCCUACCCUAGCAAUGGGCGAUGGGGGCGCAUACGUCCAGGUUCGGGGGAGUCCAAGAUCCGUGAUCAAACUGGUCAUCCAAGAUGGCGAUAUGGUAGAGUUGCGCUCAGGCCCUGCCACGUUUGUCGGCAAGCAGGUAGUCUCACAGGGCGCGUAUCCGGGAGGCCAAGUAUUUUCCCAUGUGGUCAUUUUGAAAGACCCGUCUUCCGGCACGUAG